AGCGAUGAGACUUCUGCUGGGUUUCUCGGUGGUUUGGCUGGGCGAGUUGGUUCUAGAACUGUUCCUCCUUAGCUACCCUCUUCCCCUCCUCGAGCAUGCGUCUUUCGAAUGCCGUGGAGUCUCGUGGCUCAAAGAGUCCGAGUCCUGUUCCGACGCUGGGUGGCCCUUCAACGCUUGCAGUGCUGUGGACCAAUGGGCGGCCGCGGGAAGAUUCGCGGGGCUGAUCAUCCAAAACGACUCACGCUAUUACAAAGGCUCUGCCGGCAAGGGGAAGAAGUACGGCAAGGGCUACGCGUACUCCGACAGCUACACCGACAGCUACAACACUCACGCGAACUACUACGGCCCCGAGGGCGGCUACUACUACGACGACGGGUGGUACGGCUACGGCUACGGUGGGCCUACAGGCAACUGGGGCAAUUACGGGGCGAUGGAUCACAUCGACGAGUCCGAUUCGGCCGAGAACGACAAGGACACGAAGCUGGAGAAACAGCGCAAGCGCCUGGCGAAGAUUGACCCAGAGUACGAGGCUCACAUCCAAGAGAAACGCACCAAGGAAAACGAGCAGGCGUUGAGGAGCCAGGGUGAGGCCUUGGCCUCCUCACUCAAAGCCACGUUCGAGUUGAAGGUUAAGAAGAUCACGACGGCUAAGCUCGCCGAGCUGGAGAAGAAGCAGAUGGGGUGGCUGCAGUCGUUGGUGGGCUCCUACGACGACGUCCCCGAGAACAAGACGUCGACGGAAUUGACGACUUUCGUGGAGACGCCCCUCGCGAACCGCGUGGUCAUGUCGCAGGCCAUCACGCUCAUCGCCUCCUCGGAUGUGGACCCGAAGGCGGUGGCAAUCAUGAACUUG